CGCUGGUCAUUUUUUCUAGAUUUCAAGAUCGAAUAGGAAAAUUAGCAUUUAGAUUUUCAAAGCUUCCGCCUUCAAGCUUGACUGUCUAAAAUAACUGCUUUACCUGCGUCGAGCUGCAGUCGUCCUCACAUUCUAUUGCAAUCCCGGUGGAGUUAUCCGUUAUGUCUCAAAGUUCCACACAGUCCUUGGACGAAGGCAGACGCGCCGAUGUUGCGAAGCUUGGCGAAUGUGCAUUGCACAUUGUGCAAAGCAUCUGUUACUGUGUGAAGAUAUGAGCGACGUCAAGUUCGCGGUGGGAGGAGAUCAUGGCACCGUUAGCAUCUUUCCAGCUCACAAAUUCGUCAUGGGCGUUCGCAGUACUGUGUUCCAUCAGAUGUUCUAUGGAAGUCUACCAGAUAAGUACACAACCCCCUUCGAAAUUCCUGACAUUCUUCCCGAUGCCUUUGCUAACAUGCUCAGCUACAUGUAUACCGACAAGGUGACCAACUUCACCCAGGACAACGUCUUCGACACGUUAAAGUGCGCUGAUAAGUACGACUUAGCGACGCUGAUCACCUUUUGUACGGAUUUCGUCCUGAAUACGCUCAACGUCAACAAUUGCCUGCAUAUACUGGACGACGCCGUGCAUUUUGCAGCUGCUGCGCCGAUUAUCCUUGAAAAGUGUUCGUCUGAUUGAUGAAUCAGCUGUAACUAUUUGGAAGUCGAAGCAGUUCUAUACAAUCGGGCAAGAAGCUCUAUGAGCCAUUCUCCAACGGGAUACGUUGACCGCCAAUGAAGAUAUCAUUUGUUCAUCUGCUGACAGGUGGGCUGCAGAUAUGUGCAUUCGGAAAAACAUGAGUGCUUCUUCCGCCAAUCGACGUGAAAUGUUGGGCCAGGAAUUGUUUCUCAUUCGAUUUCCUAUCUUAACGGAUAAUCUGCUGCUGGACGGACCGGUGAAGAGCGGUUUGUUGUUGCAAUCGGAAGUACUGGAUAUCUACCACUACAAGUACGCCACCAUCAAACCACAGCUGCCGUUCCGAACAGAACCCCGACAAAAUAUUCGCACAAAGGGUACCAUUAAUUUUACGAUUCCGGAUGUCAGGGAGCUAUUGAAGGCGUCUACCUUCAGCGAUCCAGUAGCAGUCAGAAAGCUGCUUUGGUGUAUACAGGUUCAGAAAGAAGCUGAGGGUAAGCUCGCUGCUUUGGGCUUCUACGUGCGGUGUUCUGGUUCUUCGGCCUCUUGGAUGUGCCAGACUACUACAGAGCUGCGCCUUUUGCCGUGGAAAACGGAAACUGUACCAAUUAAGAGAGGUUCGUGGAUUCAAGUCAGCCGCAGGGACCACUGUUCUUGGGGAUAUGAGAAAUACAUCUCUGUCGAGGACCUACUGGACCCGGCGAAAGGGUACGCCAACCCCUCUGACUUCUCUUUGAGACUGCAAGCUCAAGUGACUGCUGAGCUUCCUGCAGGAAUCGAGUAAAUACAGUGUGCUUGUAUUGGCGUAUCGUUGAUUCUGAGCCGCGAUAAUUCCGUGCACUUGUACAAGUACAGUUACUGCAGCGCCACGUGGCCCACGUCCAUAAAACCUUUGCAGCCCCGUUUUGGCACACCCGCAUAAAUUUUUUACUGGCAGUCCCCAUCGCAUUCUAUCGAUUUUUCGCUAAUCUAUUUCCCAUCCCUAAAUUUCCUCCAUGGCAUUACUCGACCCGAUCGCCGUCAUUCUUACGAUCUCACUGAUGCUCGCUUCAGCGGACUGCGCUGCUGGACGUGACACCUGCUUCGACAUUUUUCAGACUCCUAAACGCAACAUAGGAAAUUGCACUUGCCAGGAGGCACAGCAGCAGGAAAUAGCCAGACAGAGUAAGAUGAGUGCAUUGGAGCGGUUUAAAUUAUCAUCACAGGGUCAUCCUGAUAUGACAUACAUAAUUAAUAUGUAUUCGCCUCGAAAUAGUAAUGUUAAUUGGAAUUUUUUGCUUUGGUGGCGGACGCUUGGGUUCCAUCAUGUGACAGUAAUGGAAAAUUUGAGCGACAACAACAAGCCUGGAUGACCGCCUGGUGUGUGGACGAACAGGGCAACCAGAUUGGCGAACAGGCGUGGCACGACGCGGCUAGACGCUUACGCUGUUAAAGUGGAUUCUUUAAGCAAGCAACUACAAAGUCAUAAACUUCUUUUCUAAUAUUGCGCUUUUUUUUAUAAUACUUUAUAAAUUACUAUUGCGCUAUAAAAAAUAUAAUGUUGGGCGCAGCUUUAAUGAUAUUAACUAUCGCGGGAACGGUUUGCUUAUCAGUUACCAUCAACUUCCGCCUUCCCCAAAACCAUUAUUUUUACGAAAGCUCAGUGAUAUUAUUCAUAAUAAAAUAACUGUUGGAAUACUGUUUUAUUUAUGUACUAAACCAAGUUAAAAUUUAUGCACGCUGUCAGUCUGCAACAAAUUCUUUUGCAAUGGAA